CACGGGAGCUUUCUUUGGGAUAACACUGUAGAUGUUUUGAUAAAGUUGUGGCAAAAUGGAUUCCCGUCGCCUCGAGUUAUUCGCCGUUUUAUUUAUUAGUCACAUAUGUUACAGCCUCCAGUCAAAAGAACAGGUGUUGCUGGAUAUGAAAGCUUCAGGAGGAGAGUUAGGGUGGUUGACUUCGCCAUAUGAGAACGGGUGGGAGAUAGUCCAGACGGUGGUGAACGGCUCCCUCCUGUAUACCUACAGUGUCUGUAACAUAGACUCUAGUGACCAGGAUAACUGGUUACGCACAACAUUCAUCCAGCGCCGCCCAGGGACUACACGGUUCUCUGUAGAGCUCCACUUUGUUGUACGAGACUGUAAUACCUUUGAUGGUGCCUCCCUGGCCUGCAAAGAAACCUUCAACCUUUUCAUCUCAGAGGCAGACGCCGAUGUGGGAACCAGCUUCCGUAAAGGCCAGUUCCGCAAAGUGGCCACCAUAGCCCCAGAUGAGAUCACACAGGGCCGUGGUUUGCUGAAGAUCAACAUGGAGACGAGGACUGUGGGGCCUCUGUCACAAAAAGGGUUUUAUCUGGCCUUCCAGGACAUGGGGGCUUGCGUGGCGCUGCUCUCUGUUAGAGUGUACUACAAGACCUGCCCGUCCACAGUGCAGAGCUUGGCAGCCUUCCCAGAGACAGUGGCUGAUAGUCUCAGGGAGGUGGAGGGAUCCUGCGUGGACAACGCUGUCAGUCAGGCCACCCCGCGCAUCUACUGCACAGCUGAGGGCGAGUGGGUGGUGCCAGUGGGCCAGUGCCAGUGCCGUGCAGGCUAUGAAACCACUGGAGAUUCCUGCCAAGAAUGCAAACCAGGCUACUUCAAGCCAUCUGUAUCCAGUCAGCUGUGUCAGGUUUGUCCUGUGAACACCAAGGAGUCUUCAGCCGGCGCCCUUGUUUGUCCAUGUGAGGAGGGUUUCUACCGAUCCUCAUCAGACCCUCCUUCAUCGCCCUGCUCUGCACCACCCAGUGCCCCUCGUGACCUGGCCUCCACCACCCUGUCAGCAGAGGGCAGGCUGCAGCUGUCCUGGAGCCCUCCACUGGUGACAGGGGGCCGCUCUGACCUCACCUACAGUGUGGUGUGUGAGCAUUGCGAUGGAGCCUUGUGUGUCCCCUGUGGCGAGAAGGUCCGUUUUGAACCAGGACCCACAGACCUGCAGGACACCACCGUCAUAGUCAGUGACCUUGACUCUCAUUUCAACUACACUUUCACUGUGGAAGCCCACAGUGGAGUGUCCCAGUACAGUAAUGAGAAGCCCACUGCCACCAUCACCACCACUCUGCACUAUACAGAUCCCCCCAAGGUGACGCUGAUCCGCCUGGAUGAGCGCAGCUCCACCAGCUUGUCUCUGUCCUGGGCCCUGUCCCGCAGAGCCCCUGCCCACAUCAGUCACCGCUAUGAGCUUAUGUACCGCAGAAAAGAUGAUGACAACGAGCGCGAUGUCACUACAUACACAGUCCUGGUUCUGGAGAAAAGCUCUGUCCAGAUUAACGACCUCUCCCCAGACACUGCUUACAUGUUCAGGGUGCAGGCCCUGAGUCCUGAAGGCAACCCUGGCAGCUACAGCAUGGAGCACGAGUUCCAGACAUUGCCAUUAGCCGAGUCUCAGACCCAGAACAACUCCACAGUGGUUAUGGGAGCCGUGGUGGGGGGUGGCGUGAUGCUGCUCAUCGUGGUGGUGGUUCUGCUGCUGCGUAAACGGAAACUGAGCUCCCAUGGCAGAAGAGGACCCGAAGAUCCCUACUUCUCGACAGAUCAACUAAAGCCCCUAAAGACUUAUGUUGAUCCACACAUGUAUGAGGAUCCUAACAUCGCCAUUCUGAAGUUUGCCACCGAAAUCCAUCCGAAUGCCAUUAGCAAACAAAAAGUCAUCGGUGCAGGAGAGUUUGGGGAAGUGUUUCGAGGGGUGAUGAAGGCCCCAGGGCGAGGAGAGGUGGCAGUGGCCAUCAAGACUCUUAAGCCGGGCUACACAGAGAAGCAGAGGCAGGACUUCUUGAGCGAGGCCAGCAUCAUGGGUCAGUUCUCACAUCAGAACAUCAUCCGUCUGGAGGGUGUUGUCACCAAAUUCAAGCAUGCCAUGAUAGUGACAGAGUACAUGGAGAAUGGAGCUCUUGACAUAUAUCUAAGGGACCAUGAUGGAGAAAUUCCAUCGUAUCAGCUUGUGGGAAUGCUGCGAGGAAUAGCUGCAGGCAUGAAGUACCUCUCGGACAUGAGCUACGUGCACCGUGACCUGGCAGCAAGAAACGUUCUAGUUAACAGCAACUUGGAGUGUAAAGUGUCUGAUUUCGGCCUGUCCCGUGUGCUGGAGGACGAUCCCGAGGGCACCUACACAACCAGAGGAGGUAAAAUCCCCAUACGCUGGACCGCCCCAGAGGCCAUAGCAUACAGGAAAUUCACGUCAGCCAGCGAUGUGUGGAGCUUCGGCAUUGUGAUGUGGGAAGUCAUGGCGUUUGGAGAACGGCCCUACUGGGACAUGAGCAACCAUGAGGUCAUGAAGGCCAUCAAUGAGGCGUUCAGACUGCCUGCUCCAAUGGACUGCCCAUCUGCCGUCUACCAGCUGAUGCUGCAGUGCUGGCUGCAUGACCGCUCCAAACGACCUCGCUUCACAGACAUUGUCAACAUUUUGGACAAACUGCUGCAAAGCCCAGAGUCUUUGAAAACCAUUGCUGAUUUUGAUCCACGUGUGUCCAUCCGCCUGCCCAGCACCAGCGGCUGCGACGGCACCAUGUUCAGGUCUGUACCUGAAUGGCUGGAAUCCAUCAAAAUGAGCCAGUACAACGAAAGCUUCGCCUGCGCUGGAAUCACAACCAUGGAGCAGGUGCUCGCCAUGAGGCACGAGGACAUCAGGAACAUCGGAGUACGGUUGCCGGGUCACAUGAAAAGGAUAGCCUACAGCAUCCUGGGUUUGAAAGACCAGACCAGCUCGCUGAGCGUGUUUGCGGUAUGAUGUGAACAAGUCGCCAAAUCAGCAUGCACUGACUGACCAUGCCAUUUCACUGGUGGAUGAGGAAGACUGACCAAGUGAGGGAGAAACUGAGAUGCAGCUACACUGCCUUUCCUGGGCAGAGUGUUGCAUGACUGAAAAGGACCCUACAAAGAAAGGACUCAGAGAGGACUGAGACUGAAAACACUGAAGUACUUUAGAGCAACAGACAGAGAGAAAUAAUUUAUCAUUGUGAAAAAGUUUUAUACUAUUGAACAUAAACAGGUCAUGUAAUAUAGUAAAUAAAGGCCGUAUAAAAGUAAGUGCAAAAAAGAGACAAUGUAAGACUGCUUUUCCUUUGUAUUUAUGACUGAACUGGAAGUCUUAAAAAGCAAGAGAUAUUUAAUGCCUUCCAUGAAUAAGGGCUACUAUUUCAAGCACUCACUUUUCUUAUGGUGUUUUCUGUACCAUUAAGUCUGUGUUUUUUCUACACUUUUUUUUUCUUGACCAAGGGGGCUUUUAUUACACUCAGGGUAAAGAAUCCCAUUGUCUCUUAAUGCUGGGUAGUUCAGUGGUAAACCUGUAUCACACAGCUCACGUACUAAUGCAUUUCCCUAAAGUCAUUUGUUUUACAGUUUUGUUUACAUCCUGUCUUA